GCCUCCGGGAUUACUUCUUCGACGACUAGUCCUGCAGCUGCAGCGCGCACAACUCCAGCAACCUUCGUUACAUCCUCAUCGGACCGGUUUCAUAUCUCCUGGCUGCUAUACACCGCUCCCAGUCUAGUUCAAUGAUUCAAUUAUGUGGAGGAAAAGCAGAUUGCUCGCCAAUUCCAAAGCGAUGGACGAACGUAGCCUUCGAGCACGAUGUUCGAUUCAGGAUAGAUUCGAGAAAUUAUGUGGAUUCAAGUUGAACGAUCUUUCAUCUUUCCAAAAAUUUACCAAACUUUUGUACCGACCAACUGAUCCGACCAGUUUAGGAGUUGUAAGAGCCUUCUUUGGACUGUGUAUGGUAUUAGACGUAGUGGAAGAAAGAGGGUUUUCAGACGUGGAUAUCAAAUGGGGAGAUCCUAUGGAGUGUCAUUUUCCACUGAUUCAUGGAAUGAAAGCUCCGUCGCUGCCAUGGAUGAUACUGAUUUAUACGAUCAUGUGGAUCGGUGCCUUUGGUAUUAUGCUAGGCUUACGUUUCAAGCUCGCCUGCGCUUGUUUCGUGCUUCCUUACUGGUACAUCUUUCUACUGGAUAAAAGCUACUGGAACAACCAUACGUAUCUUUAUGGGAUCGUCGCGACUCUCCUCUGGGGUACGGAGGCUAAUAAGUACUUUGCCUUGGAUGCCUUGAAAACCGGAGGAACCGAACACAGGGUACCACUAUGGAAUUACUUCAUCUUGAGGUUCCAAUUUUUUGCACUGUACUUUUUAGCUGGAUUAAAAAAAUCAUGUACAGAAUGGCUCUCAGGUUAUGCCAUGACAAAUUUGUCAAGACACUGGGUCUUCAGCCCGUUCAAAUUAUUUUUGACCACCGAACAAACAGACUUUUUCAUAGUCCACUGGUUCGCAUUUAUCUUUGACCUCACGGUUGGAUUUUGGAUGUUGUUCGAUAAAACACGGAUCCCUGCAAUGAUUUUUUGCACUGCCUUUCAUUUGAUGAAUUCCAGACUCUUCAGUAUUGGAAUGUUUCCUUACGUGUGUCUUGCAACCAUGCCACUCUUCUGCAGCACGGAUUGGCCUCGAAGGUUUGGCUCUUUUCUAAAAGACAACUGUGUUCCUAUAUUUCUAGUGCAAAGUCAAAAAACCAAACACUGCGAGGACUUCUCGAGUAGUUCCAUCAAAGAUCUUUAUGAAAAAGAAUUCAACUCUAAUGAACCAUUAGAAAAGGCUUUAACGUGUGAUAAGAUACAGAAUAAAACGAAUAACAAAUCGUCAAUUGAUGAUGAGUAUCGAAAAGAUACCAUAGAAUCCAGAAAGCCUGAAAUGAUUCACAAAAAUGUUAAGGAAAUCUGUAUCAAAUCCACAGGACCAACAAAGAGACAAAAAUUUGUAGUGUCUCUGUUACUAUUUCAUAUAUUUUUACAAUUCUUCCUGCCAUACUCACAUUUCAUUACAAAGGGUUACAAUAAUUGGGUGUCAGGUAUGUAUGGUUACUCUUGGGAUAUGAUGGUUCACGUUUGGGACACCAUACUGGUUGUAAUUAAAGUUCACGAUAAUGUGAGUAAUGAAGAUCGUUAUUUGGAUCCUAAAGCAUGGGUGCAAGGAGACAGAUGGGAGAGACACGGUGAUAUGGCCAGACAAUAUGCCUUUUGUUUAAGGGAUAAUUUAAUUGAACAAGAGAAUCAAAUUUUCGACAAUUAUCGUCAACGCGACGGGAAGACGAAAUGGACGCCUUUAUCAACGAAUUUAAGCAUCUAUAUCGACGUGUGGUGUUCACUGAACGGAAGAUUCCAACAGAGAAUGUUUGAUCCGAACGUCGACUUGUUGACAGUAGAUUGGCAUCCGUUUAAGCCCAUCUCGUUUUUAAUGCCCCUAUUGUCGCAAUAUAAUUCGUACAGGUACAAACUGGAAGAAAUUCAACAGCACGUCUAUACCUGGUCCAACGAUACAGAUGUUCUUUUCGUGGCUGAUUUUCCAGGAAUGCAUUUGGAUAAUUACAUUUCGAAAAACUUCACCAAUGUUACUUUAACGGUGCUCGAAGGAGAGGUGAUAUACAGCGACAAGAAUCAGAGUAAAGGAGUUAUAAUCUCAAAAGAAUCAUCGAUUCCUAUUAAAACUGGCCAAUUUCAUAAAAUAAAGACAAUCAGCACUUAUCCAGCUUGCUACAUGUACACUUACACCAAUCGAAACAAACAGCAAUCCGAUAAAGACAGGAUAAUUGAAUUGGAGGAUCAGAGAGAGCCCCUUCCAAUAGGGAAAGAAAUCAGCUAUAAAAUUGACGCGUGGUUGAGGUCCUUUGGUCACAUAACAAAUGCAUUUUUCUAUCUAGUUUAUAACGUUCCUAUGGUGCGUAGGGUGCCGGUUAAUAAAUAAUGUCAAUUGGAAUUUACUGCAUCAAUGAACUGAUCGUAGAUUUUCUAAAGUUUUAGAUACACGUUAAAAUUGUAGAGAAUUUAUUUUCUUAUCUUAUAAUUGAACAAAUGUGUUCAGUGAUAAUCUUACUUUAAUGCAAAUGGUAAUAUAGAAACUUUUAUAUAUUUAUAUUUCAUAAGUAUACUUUUUUAUUUAUAUAAAAAUUGUUUUCAUAUAUAGAAUUAAUGUUUAUGCAAGUUUAUGAGAAAUGUAACGGAUGUGCAAUGUGUUCAGUGAUAAUAAUUUUAUUUGAAUGCAAACGAGAAAUAGAGAUUUUUAUAUACUUAAAUUUUAGAAAAAUUCUUUUUUUAUUUAAAUGUAUGUUUACAAAAAAUCACAAAUAAGAAAUGCAAUAA